UGUAAGCAGCCCCGUUCAGAAUCAAAGCUUGCCCGGUCGGUCAUUCCUCCCCGAUUGAGAGAGCUAGGGUUAGGGCUUUCGAUAUUGCAAAGGAGAAACGGUGCGGCUGCUUCAAUCGAAUCGGAUUUUUUUCUUUUUCAUUGCAUCGGUUCAUCCAUUGAUUGGCCUUAGAUGGAUCUGGAAACAGAAAACAGAAUAGCUGCUAUUCUUUUAAAAGAAGCAGCAGAACUGAAACGACAAGCUGACAGGGAUGGUGUUCAUGUUUAUCUUCAGCAGCCAAAAGUAAGGGGACGUCCAAAUUCACGAUUCCUCACUGCAACUGUGCUUGGUGUACAGCAAGCAAAUCGAGCUGUUGAAGUGAAUGAGAUGUGGCGAGUUCGACAAAAGGAGCUGGAGCUAAAUAAUAGGCUAAAAGGAAGAUCAAGAGAUGAUAGCAGGCAUAGCAGGAGUGAUGGGGACAUUAGCAACCCCUCCAGAAGCACAAGCAGGAGGCCUGACAGCAAUGCUAGUGCUUCAUGCUCAUCAAGCAAGAGAGUGGCAGAGAGUAGUUAUUCAGGGGAAGAUGAAGGUCUAAGAGACGAGGAGAUUGAGGAAUUUCUCAACUCAAGGAUCAAGCGCGGUCGAGGUUCUAUAGGUUCAAGGAUGGAUGAAACAGGACCCUACCUACAGACAAAUUGCGACUCCCCCGUGAAGCUGUCAACAAGCCCCAUUGCAAGGGAACAUCGUGUAACAUUGGGUCCCGAGAAGCCUUCUUCACUGAAGUCUGAUGAGGAGCUCCAUGAGCAUAGACGGAAGAAAGAAAAGGCUGGUUCUGAUAGGAAGCAGUCUAGGAAGCACAAAUCUAAAGAAAAAUCUAGAGAAAAGAAAAAGAAGAGGAAGGAGGAAUAUAAAAGUAAACAUCGCAAAUAAGUAAUACAAGGGUUUUAAAGAAGGGUUUUUUGUUCAUUUAUGUACUACCAACAAUAAUUUGUUGUACAAAGCUAGUUUCUACUUCUACGAUGAUUAUUAAUCUAAUGCAAAGAAUGCAUGCUUGAACGCGAA